GUUGACGACUUGACUUUCCUCGCUGUUAAAGAAGCGAUUAUGUAUUCGCGGCGGAAGUGUGAUGCGGCGGCUUUGGUUCGGUGUCCUCGCGCUUGAUGAUGUUCAGCGGCGCAUAACGUCAUCCCCGAGCAGAGCGGUGCGCAUGCGCAGGAGCGAGCGCCGAGAACCGAGAGCAGCUGUAACGUUACCGGAGGAGGCCACAAUGCGACUGGCGCUCGGGGCUCCUGCCUUGGUCCGCAUCCGCAAUGGCUGCGCAGAGUGAUCCGGAGAGCUCGUACUAUGCGCUCCUCUAGACCCUCAAACAGAAGAGCACCAGCGGAGCCGUCUCAAAAUGAGCACCGGAUUCAGCUCGAGCUCCUGCCGCUUCGCGGAUUAUUUCGUGGUCUGCGGUCUGGACACCGAGAGCGGCUUAGAACCAGACGAGCUGUCCGCUUUAUGCCAGUAUAUACAGGCUACUAAAUACAGAGAUGUUGGCAGAGGAAAUGUGGCGAGUGCAGACGCAGGUGAGAAUUUUGAGCAGAGUCCACUGCGGAGAACUUUUAAAUCUAAAGUUCUAGCACACUAUCCCGACAAUGUGGAGUGGAACCCUUUUGACCAGGAUGCUGUGGGCAUGCUCUGUAUGCCAAAGGGCUUGUCCUUCCGCACCCAGACAGACAUCCGCGAGCCCCAGUUCCACUCUUUCAUUAUCACGAGAGAGGACGGCUCCCGAACCUACGGCUUUGCCCUCACCUUCUUCGAGGAGGUGACCAGCAAACAGAUCUGCAGUGCCAUGCAGACACUCUACCACAUGCACAAUGCAGAACAGUACGACAUCUUGCACACUCCACCCACACCUCGCAGUCCAGAAGACACCCGUCCCACCCCUCAACAACUGCAUGCUGCUCCCUCCUUGUCUCGGCUGCAGCGUUUCAACUCCUACGACAUCAGCCGAGACACACUCUAUGUGUCCAAGUGCAUCUGCUUGAUCACACCCAUGGCUUUCGCCCAGGCCUGCAGAAGGGUUCUGGAACAGCUGCACCAGGCCGUCACCUCGCCUCAGCCUCCGCCGCUGCCACUGGAGAGCUACGUCUUCAACGUCCUCUACGAGGUCCCGCUGCCGCCGGCCGGGCGUUCCUUGAAGUUCUCGGGCGUAUACGGGCCUGUGGUGUGUCAGAGACCCAGCACGGCUGAGCUGCCCCUCUUUGACUUCCCCUUGCAGGAGGUGUUUGAGCUGCUAGGUGUGGAGAACGUGCUACAGCUCUUCACCUGUGCACUACUGGAGAUCCAGAUCCUUCUGUACUCGCAACAUUACCAGCGGCUGAUGACGGUAGCGGAGAGCAUCACAGCCUUAAUGUUCCCCUUCCAAUGGCAGCAUGUGUACGUGCCUAUCCUGCCCGCUUCACUGCUCCACUUCCUGGACGCUCCUGUGCCGUACCUCAUGGGUCUGCACUCCAACGGCCAGGAUGACCGCACCAAGCUGGAACUUCCCCAAGAGGCCAACCUUUGUUUUGUCGAUAUUGACAACCACUUUAUCGAGCUACCUGAGGACCUGCCUCAGUUCCCCAACAAGCUGGAGUUCAUCCAGGAGAUCUCGGAGGUUCUGUUGGCGUUUGGCAUAUCUUCAGAGGCAAACCCACAGUGCAGCGAGGGCCAGGGCAAGCUCAGGGGCUUCCGCUCGGGUGACAUGGCCUCUGACAAGCGCAACGGCAACCUGGCCGGCUCACCGCUCAACUCGUACUUGCUGAGAGAAAACCAAACCAUAGCUCGUCUGCAGGCGCUGGUCAAGAGGACUGGAGUCAGUCUGGAGAAGUUGGAUGUGAAGGAGGAUACGAGCACUAAUAAGGAUUCAAAAGUGCAGUGUGAUGAAGAGGAGAUGAAAAUGCAUCAGCUGAACAUUCGGGUGCGAGAGGUCUUCGCCAACCGCUUCACGCAGAUGUUCUCUGACUAUGAAGUGUUUGUCAUUCAGCCCAGCCAAGACAAAGAGUCCUGGUUUAGCAACCGAGACCAGAUGCAGAACUUUGACAAGGCCUCCUUCCUGUCAGAUCAGCCAGAACCUUACCUGCCGUUCCUCUCCCGCUUCCUGGAGACGCAGAUGUUUGCCUCUUUCAUCGACAGUAAGAUCCUGUGCCACGAUGACGAGGACAAAGAGCACACGCUGAGAGUGUUUGAUUCCCGUGUUGACAAGAUCCGUAUGCUAAAUGUCAGGACACCCACCCUGCGGACCUCCAUGUACCAGAAAUGCACCAAUAUUGAUGAAGCAGAAAAGGCCAUUGAAUUGAGGCUGUGUAAGAUCGACCACACGGCUCUGCAUCCCCACCUGCUGGACAUGAAGAUCGGUCAGGGCCGCUAUGAGCCGGGCUUUUUCCCCCGCUUACAGUCCGAUGUUCUCUCCACUGGACCUACCAGCAACAAAUGGGCGAAGCGCAGUGCACCAGCACAGUGGCGGAGGAAGGACAGGCAGAAACAACACGCUGAACAUCUCUAUUUGGACAAUGACCAGAGAGAGCAUGUGGAGUGUCUGUAUUCUGAGCUUCAGCUUCUGCUGGCUCUGGACUACUACUGGUUCUCGCAGUCCUUCAGGCCCUGUCUAAAGUCCGUCAAGGUGGAUGUGAAGUACAUCCAGGAGGCCAGGAACCUGGGCACCACUCUCCGCCAGCCCAAACUCUCCAACCUGUCACCUUCAGUCAUCGCACAGACCAACUGGAAGUUUGUAGAGGGACUGUUAAAGGAAUGCAGAAAUAAGACCAAGCGCAUGCUGGUGGAGAAGAUGGGACGGGAAGCGGUGGAGCUGGGCCACGGGGAGGUUAGCAUCACUGGCGUGGAGGAGAACACGCUCAUCGCCAGCUUGUGUGAUCUGCUGGAAAGAAUCUGGAGCCACGGUCUGCAGGUCAAACAGGGAAAAUCCGCCUUGUGGUCGCACCUAUUACAUUAUCAAGAGAGUAAAGAGAAGAGAGACGCUACUCCAGCAGGCCUCGGCCCUCCAGGUAUCAUUCAUGACACAGAGAGACGGAAGUCAGAUGCUGGCUGUGCAAUGCCGCCUCUCAAAGUCUCUUUGAUCCAGGACAUGAGGCACAUCCAGAACAUCAGUGAGAUCAAGACAGAUGUUGGGAAGGCCAGGGCAUGGGUGCGUCUCUCCAUGGAGAAGAAACUGUUGUCCAGGCACCUGAAACAACUUCUGUCUGACCAUGAGCUCACCAAGAAACUCUAUAAGCGCUACGCUUUCCUGCGCUGUGAUGAUGAGAAGGAGCAGUUCCUCUACCAUCUCCUCUCUUUCAAUGCUGUGGACUACUUCUGCUUUACCAACGUCUUCACCACAAUUAUGAUACCUUACCAUGUGGUCAUCAUUCCCAGCAAGAAACUAGGUGGCUCCAUGUUCACGGCCAACCCCUGGGUGUGCGUCUCAGGGGAACUAGCUGAGACUGGGGUUCUGCAGGUCCCCAAAAACACCCUGGAGAUUACAUUUGAGUGCCAGAACCUGGGGAAGCUGACCACAGUACAGAUGGGCCAUGAUAACUCAGGACUGUAUGCUAAGUGGCUAGUGGAGUGUGUGAUGGUCCGCAACGGGAUCACAGGGCACACCUACAAGUUUCCAUGCGGCCGUUGGCUCGGUAAAGGAGUAGAUGAUGGCAGCUUGGAGAGGAUACUGGUGGGCGAAUUGGUGACUAACAUGGAGAAUGAGGACAGAUUGUGCCGGACUCCUCCAAUGCAGCAAUCCCCUGGGAUGAUGCGAAGAUUUGUCACCAUUUCGCCAAACAGCAAACCAAAGUUAAACACAGGCCAGAUCCAGGAAGGGGUGGGAGAGGCGAUUAACGGAAUCGUAAAACACUUCCAUAAGCCAGAAAAAGAGAGAGGAAGCCUCACAUUGCUUCUGUGUGGAGAGUAUGGUUUAGUAUGGGCUCUUGAGCAGGUGUUCCAGCAUGGCUUCAAGUCACCACGCCUUUUCAAGAAUGUCUUCAUUUGGGACUUUCUAGAAAAAGCGCAGGUCUACUUUGAGAGUUCAGAACAGAGUCAGAUGACCCAGGAUGAGAACUGGCAGAUGAGAGUGCGUCAUUUCUGCCAUUUCAUGCGUGCCAUCAACAGCACACCCAGAAACAUCGGCAAAGACGGGAAGUUUCAGAUGCUCGUGUGUCUCGGAGCCAGAGAUCACCUGCUGCACCACUGGAUUGCUCUUCUUGCCGAGUGUCCAAUCACAGCACAGAUGUACGAGGACACGGCGCUCUUAAAGGACCAUUCUCUGGUGAACUCUCUGAUUCGAGUGCUACAGACUCUGCAGGAAUUCAAUAUCACUCUGGAGGCCUCUCUCGUCAAAGGGAUCGGGAUAUAAUGCCGUCUGAAUAUAGAAAUAACACACAGAUCAGCGGGACCAUGGACUAACUUUUUUUAAAUGGAGAGACUUGAACAAAAGGACUAAACCUGGCUUAUGUUAAAGCUACUGUCAUGUUUGCCAUAUAUUAAGUGCAAUGAGCCUUUUCAAAUGUGUCAUAAUUUUUAUCAACAACGUUACUGACAUUCAAAUAUGUCUUCUAUUUUGAUCCAUACUUUUCACAAACGGUGAAAACCCCCCACCUGUGCUAUACCGUUUUAUUGAAAGCUCAAUAUUUUUUGUUGUUGUUGUGGACUGCUGACAAUGGCUAUAUUUAAAAGGAAAACAUGUAAGAAAAACCGUUAUUAUAUUUUCAAAGAAGAACAGUGUUAUUUUGAUAUGUGUCAGGUUGCUUGCUCUGUGCUCUAAUCUAAUCCAUACUAUCACAAUGCAGAGUUCGAAGCAAAUGAUGUAGAAGUAUGCUUUAUAAGUACAAAUUUUGGGGAAUUCAUAUUUUUACUUAAAGAAAGGAAAGAUGAGAAAAAUGGAAAAAGGCUCUCUUUUGUAACAAUGCCAGGGACUUGUGUCAUUUCCCUCUAAAUGCAAAUCGGUUUAAAGGGACAGUUCACCCAAAAAUUACACUACCGGUCAAAAGUUUAAACUAAAUAAGUUUGUUUAAUGUCUUUAAAAGAAGUCUCUUUUGCUCAUCGAGGCUAUUUGAAUACAUUUUAAAAAUGUAAUUUAUUCCUGUGAUGGUGCUUAAAGGGUUACUCCACCCCAAUAUGAAAAUGUUGUCAUUAAUCACUUACUCCCAUGUCAUUCCAAACCCCUAAAAGCUUCGUUCGUCUUCGGAACACAAUUUAAGAUAUUUUAGAUGAAACCGGGAGGCUUGUGACUGUCCCAUUGACUGCCAAACAAUUAACACUGUUAAUAUAUAAAAAACAUCGUCAGAAUAGUCCAUCAUUGGUUCCACCGUAACGUUAUGAAGCUACGAGAAUACUUUUUGUACGCAAAGAAAAAAACAACUUUAUUCAACAAUUCGUCUCCUCUGGACACAAACUGCGUACGCUGUUCCAUAUCAGCCGCACUACACGGAUAUAUGUCUUCUACGUUUGUUUACGCUUUGAUUUGAACAAAAACAGUGUAUCCUUGAUAAUGACUAUUGAAAAUUCAGCUUUGGCAUCACAAGAAUAAAUUACUUUUUAAAAAAUUAUUAAACAAUUACUAAGAAAACAGUUUUUAUAUUGUAAUAAUAUUUUACAACAUUACUGUUUUUACUGUAUUUUUGAUCAAAUAAAUGGUGAGCGUAAGAGAUUUAUUUCAAAAACAUAAAAUAUUUAAUUAUUCCAAACUUUUCACGGGUAGUGUACAAGUUGGUCAUCAAAUCAUUUACUCAUCGUCAUGUCAUUCCAAACCCACUUUUUUCUUUCUUUUCUCCCCAUACAAUGAAAGUGAAUGGCAGCCACAAAUGUCUGGGAAUAGAGCAGCUUGGACUUUCAUCUAAAUAUCUCCUUUUGCUUUCCACGCAAGAAAAAGGGUGAACUGUCCUCUUGAGCUUAUUGUGAGCCCCUAAAAUCAAAGAUAUGUCUCAUAUUUUACGAGAUGGACUGUAAAAACUAAAAACAAUCAAUGCAGAAAGGAUAACAUUAACGUUUCUUCAAUCCUUUCAAAGUACCGUAACAUUCCCCAUCUCUUCAGCCCUCAGGUCUCGACUGUGGCCAACUACAAUGCCAUAUCUGGAGUAGAAUUAAUUUGCGGCACAGUUGCUGUGUUUGUGUCCCUAUCCUUAGUUAACCCCAGCAACCCCUCUGUUUCUGCUAUGCAAUAUUUACAGCUCAUUCAUUCAAUUUUGUUAUUGAAUAUUGAUCAAAUAUAAUUCACCGGUUUUAGAGUGUAGCAUAAUUUGUAGGACAUAAUUGGGAGAAGCACAUUUAAGGCUGAUAUUCAUGUGCCAAUUUCAUCAUGACUGUUCUAGUACCUGUUCAAACACAGCUGGCAUGAGCAUUCUGGGAGUUUUUUCUUUUCGUUUUUCUUGUGUUUUAUCUCUUGAUACAUUUAUAGACAAAGCAGUGUAAUGUAGUGUUAAAUAUUGAACAACUGUGUACAGUGUAUAAAAUGUAUUAAAGGUGGCAAUUCAAUAUGA